AUGAAGCGCAACGUCUUGGCCGUCAUGGCCAUUGUCAACGGUCUUGCCCAGGCCAACCGCUUCUCCUGGCAGAGCGAGGCUGAGACCGAUGUUGGCAAGCAUGAGCACAAAUUUCAGGACGUCGAUCCCCUUCUUAAUACUUGGGAUGAUGAUAAGAAGGAGGAAGAGAAGAAGCAGUCCGAGGCAGACUACGAGAAGCUCAAGCUCCUGAAGGAAAAGUUGAAGACUGAAGAGGAAGAGGAAGAGGAGGAGGAGGAGGAGGAGACGACCGCGGUCAAGGAGAACAAGAAGGAGUACGAGCACGACAAGAACAAGCAUUACAACCAUGGAUACAACAAGGAACAUCACGACUAUAAGGAUGAUCCCAAAACACACAAGACUUAUGAUCACUACAAACCUACUAUCACAGGACACCACAAGCAUCAUGACGACCACUAUGAUGUCUACGACUACAAGAAGCCCACCAUUGUUGAUGGUAAGAAGUACGACUACGUCCACGAGCCCAUCACCAAGUAUCACACCUACACUAAGAUCCAUGAGCCCGUGGUCAAGCCCGGCUGCUAUGGUGAUAAGUGUGAUCGCAAGCCCUGCAACAAGUGUGGUGAUGACUGGGCUCAACCCGGCUGCUGGCACUGCAAGAACCACGAGGGCGAGGUGACCAAGACUACCGAGUAUGCUCCUGAGAAGACUGAUGACAAGUACCAUGGUGCCAAGACCUACACACACAAGGGUGUGACUGUCAUCGUCCCCAAGGAGACCAAAGCUCCUGAAGCUCCCAAGAUCGAGAAGCCCAAGGAGCAGCCUAAGAAGGAGGAGAAGUACGAGGACAUCUGCCGCAAGGUCACCAAGGGUCACGGAGAGCACAAGUACGAAGAGACCAUUUGUGACAGGGUCAAGCACCAGAAGGAACACCCCAAGGUCUACGUCGAGCCUAAGAAGGAGGAGAAGUACGAAGACAUCUGCCGCAAGGUCACCAAGGGCCAUGGACAGCACAAGCAUGAGGAGACUAUUUGUGACAGAAUCAAGUACCAGAAGGAGGAGAAGCCCAAGGUCUAUGUUGAGCCCAAGAAGGAGAACAUUUGCGACAAGAUCAAGGGCUGCCCCGCCCCCGCUCCCGCUCCUCAACCUCAUUACCCCAAGGUCAAGCCUAACCCUAUUCCUGCUCCUCAACCUUAUUAUCCUAAGGUCGAGCCUGCUCCUGUUCCUGCUCCUCAACCUUAUUAUCCUAAGGUCGAGCCUGUCCCUGUCCCUGCUCCCGCUCCCGCUCCCGCUCCCCAGUACCCCAAGGUUGAACCAGUUCCCAUUCCCGCUCCUCAACCUCAACCUCAGUACCCCAAGGUUGAGCCUAUCCCAGCCCCGGCUCCCCAGCCCAAGCCUGAGGAGAUCAAACCAGUUCCCGUCCCUGCUCCAGUUCCUGUGAACCCUGAACAGGUUUCGCCCAAGGGCAAGGGCUUUGAGGAGGCUCCUCGAGUUCCCUUGACAGUCUCCAAGUCCGGAGCCAGCCUCAACACAGUCUCCAUUGUCGGCACCAUUGUUGUCGGUAUUGUUGGUGCCAUGCUCCUUUGA